AUUUUCUUUCCUCUUUCUCUUUCAACUAAACAAUGGAAGGAAAAUUUUAUAAGUUUUCCUUCUUUCUCCUUUCCUUCCCAUGGUUCCAAACAUAGCCUUAUAUUAAUCGGUCUGUGGAUGCUGUUGCCGGAGGCAUUUACUAGUACUUGGGUAGGGCUAUCAUCCCCAGUUUCACGGAUCGCCUCUGAAGGAAGCUGUUGAAGUCAGGAAAUGCCAUUGGAGAUAUCCAACAACGGUACCCUUUCUUGCCGUCGUUGUCUUUGAUACUGCGGAGGUGGGAAGACUAAUCGUGCAUAACUCUUUCAAUUUCCUUCUUUGGACGCGCAUGGAAAGAGUCUCUUCCUUGAAGUGAGAGAUAGGAAUAGAGGGAGGUAGUUUGUGUCGGAUGCCUCAGAGAGAGUGAAAGAUCUCGUUAUGAUAAAGUGGCAAAGCCGCCUAGGUUCGUCGUUAUUGUUUCGUCCGCACCACCACCGAUUGGGGGAUUGUUGUUUAAUGGCCGCCGCCGCCGCCGCCUCUUCGCUGUUUCAAGGCACAAACGAUCCAUUGCUGUUAGUACGAUCCACAACAUUGCACGCCCUGCAUCACCAUCUACGAAACCGCUAUCAUGCUUCCCCAAACCUAAUUCAGCGCUUUCGUUGUUAUCCAUUUCGUAGCGGGUCGGAACUAAACGGAAGAUGUGGCCUUAAUGGGCUGAGUCUCGAGGGUUGCUCCUUUUACAGUCUGGAUCAUCUCUGUAAAAGGAUUGACAGCAAAAUAAACAACAGCAACAGCAACUAUCACCAUCAUCAUGAUGCAUUUCGGAAUGCUAGGGCAUUUGCUCCGAGCCUGCACCCACAGCUCGUUUGUGAUUCUGAGAUUAGACUAGAAGAUGAUGACCGCUGGAAUGGUGCUGCGGCUAGAUUGGAAAACGGUUGCAGUGGCACAUACCACCGUGGGAACCCCCUUGGUUAUCCAGAGCUAACAAACACGGAAAAAGUAGUCGUUGCUGUUGAUGUGGACGAGGUUCUUGGAAACUUCAUAUCAGCUCUGAAUAGGUUUAUUGCAGAUCGUUACUCUUUGGAUCACUCUGUUUCGGAGUACCAUGUCUAUGAGUUCUUCAAGAUAUGGAACUGCUCCCGUGAUGAAGCUGAUAGCCGUGUGCAUGAAUUCUUCAAGACAUCUUAUUUCAAGACAGGGAUUCAUCCAAUUCCAGGUGCACGGCAGACUCUUCAGAAGUUGUCAAGAUUUUGUAACUUAUCAGUUGUGACGUCGCGGCAGAAUGCAAUUAGAGACGUCACGAUCGAGUGGAUUGAGAAGCAUUACCCAGGGCUGUUCCACGAGAUUCACUUUGGAAACCACUUUGCUUUGGAAGGGCACUCUAGACCUAAAUCAGAUAUUUGCAGGUCAUUGGGAGCGAAGGUUUUGAUUGAUGAUAACCCUAGAUAUGCCUUAGAGUGUGCUGAAGUUGGAAUUAGGGUCCUACUUUUUGAUUAUGAGAACUCAUAUCCUUGGUGCAAGAUAGAGUCUGUUAAUCAACAUCCCCUGGUCACGAAGGUUCACAGUUGGGAAGAAGUGGAGCAUCAGUUAAUUUCCUCGACUGUUUUAUAAAUCUGUUUUCGGUAGCUGGUUCAGAGCACUAUUCUUUCUCUGCUUUUGAUAACUUGGUGUUGGGCCUAAUGGACUAACUGAUCCGGGGGCAACCCUACCGUCCAUUUGGGGGGCCAAUUAUUCUCUCUUGAAGUCAAUUCUUGUUCACAACAUACAUCGGAGGAAAUGCUAAAGGAACUGAACUUUCACAUAUGGUCUCUGAGGAAGCAGCUCUAGAACAGUUGAAUAGGGUCGUUGGAUUGUGGCGUAGGUAGUACUAAUAGGUAAGAGGGAGAGAUAUGAUGUUUUCAAUUUUAUGUCUCUCCUGUUUCAUUUUAUGUUCUCAUUCUGAAGUUCAUGGAAGGAAACGACAUCAUGGAUUGAUAGGUUGUGAUUAGAGCACCAAUUUGUCUUUUUUUUAUUAAAUGUUCCAAUUUGGAAUACAUCAAUGCCCAAUGGUUAUGGAUUCAAUAA